AACGUAAUGGUAUUCGCUAAACAUAAACGGAGAGGACAUGAAAACUUGAAUCUUUGACUUAUGAAAGUGUUAAGAUUUGACCUCAUACGGUCUUCCUUGUUCAUCUGUUUGCUUCCUUGUACAAUGAUUUAAAACAUGCAAGAAGUGGAAACGACCGAAGUGGAAUUUCUGACGCUGUAGGAUGUCUUCCUCCGUGAAGGCAAUAUUUCCGUCCAUCUCGAUCAGCAAGAAGAAGGGAAAGACAACCUCAGGAGGAACACCGCAGACUUCAAAUGCACAAUCACAGUCUCUUUUACGGCCCUUGACUCCGGAAUCUAAUCGCAAGCCGCAGCAGACUGCGUCAAAUCCGAUCGAUCCGCUCCGAAGUACCCUAACUGCUCGAGGACCUUCGCCGAUUCCUUCUCCGUCGACAGCACGAAAGACAGCCACUGGUGAAGCAAACCCUUUAGCACUCGAAAAUGGAUCUCAACUGAGUCAGUCGGCUCCGGAUUUGAGGCUCGGUUUUAGACAUGUUCGCAGUGCUAGUCAACCUUCGGGUACAUCUACAACUUCCCACAGGGAGUCAUUUUCUUCGGUGACAUUUCCAGAUCGGAGUAAUUCGGUCAAUAGUGAUACUGGCUAUUACAAUGAAACCGCAGAAGAGCCUAUGAUUCUACAAGAAGAUAUUAUAGCUUUAACCUGCCACGUUCGAAAGUUUUCCGAAGCUUUGAGCUCGCUUCGGAACACUUUUAUAGAAUGCGAAGAUAAUCCUGACAGUGAACCACCUGAGGUGAAAGCCCAUGAACGCCUUGGUGAGGUGCUGUCAGUUCUUAAAGGAGUCCUCAAUACUUACGAACCACUACACUCAACAGAAAUACUUGCAUCCGCUGGAACACUGAUUAAUAAGGUCAAAAGUCACAACUAUGAGGAUACCAGUAAACCCCCUGAUGAAUUCUAUGAGUCCAUUGAUCAGCUUGCAUUGGCAUUCAGCAGCAGUGUGUCUGAUUUCCUUAUGGGUGAACAGGAAAUUGGUUUGUCAGAACAAAGCAUGAAUAAACAUUAUUCACAAUCAUUGGAAGACUUUGGUGAUGAUGAUGAUGAAGAUAUGGAUGAGAGAGGUUAUGAUGAGGAUAAUGAAGAUGACCAGGAUGAAGAUGACAGAAAACCUGUGGAAAAGAAAGAAUCAGUUGACACUUCGGCAGAGAAGGCUGAUGAGCUGGAUCGAGCUUUGAUAAUGCUUGAACAUGGAGUAGACAUUGCAAUGCAGAGAACCAAAAUUUGGGCUAAGUACUCCAAGGACAUAGAAACAUAUGUUGACAAAAGAGCUCACCUUGAGUUGGAGUACACAAACAAACUAACAAAACUUGCACAGACAACAAGAACAGCAAUUGUAGAGGAGAAUUACCUGCCUUUUCAGUCUAUUUACGUGACAGCCCUUGAUCAGGACAUUGAAUAUGCUGAGAAUGCCAGCAAAACAUAUGCAGCCCUCUUAGCAAGCCGGUUUAUGGAGCCUUUAACAGCAAGAAGACUUAAGCAUGAGAAAAUACGAAAGGACCUGAAGGAUAGCUGGGCUAAAUCGUGUAAGAAACUGAAUGAGGCAGCAGCAAAUCUUAAGAAGGCAAAAUCUUUGUACAUCCAGAAACAACAGGAACUAGAAAAGGAAGAGUCAACAUUCUCACGCGGAACCAAGAAGAAAGAAGGUGAUAUCAGGAAAGCUGAUGAGGCUGAGGAGAUGUACAAGUCUUGUGUGGUAGACGCUAAUGCAAGGCAGAAAGAAUUGGAAAAUACCAAAGCAAGUAUCCUGGUGGAAUUACGUCAACUUGUCUAUCAAUGUGAUAUGACAAUGAAAGCGGUAACAUGUAACUAUUUCCAGAUGAUGAAUGCGCUUGUAUCACCCGGCCCAAUUCAGUUCCAGACUCUCGCGGAAAGCAGUAGGAAUUAUGAACCUGGAAACCAGUUCGCCGAAUUCGUUCGUCUGCAACAAGCCAAUUCACCUCAAGCUGUUGAACAAGUCUUUCAGUUUGAACCGUACUCUGCAGGAAACCCAGACAGAGGAUCACAGACUCCGUCACGCCACAACUCCUUAUUUGAUUCACGUUACAUUCAUACCCAUUCUUCUGUGGAGGAGACAGCAAAGAUUUCAUCACCAUUUACCUCUCGCCGUAAUAAAAGUCUUCAGCUGCACAGUGUACGGGGUGUAAAUAGCUCGCAACAGCCGAUCAAUGCCUGGAGUAAUCUAAAGGAACACAACAGUGAUGGUGACAGUACAACUAGUCGAUCCCUACCAGGGUCCCCCUCAGGUAGCCCGACCUCAGACCGCAAAGCCAAUAUUCCUCGGACCCAAUCCUUAGAGGUGAUCUCAUCUGAUGAUGCGGAUAACAAAGAUGAGGGAAGAAGUACUAAUGGACGUGUAAACCAAGGCUCCGAUAGAAGACGUAAACCCAAGGACCGCCCAUCUGCGGGUCCCUUCCAGAAUAUCCGUCUGUCACCAUCAGCAAAGACGCACACGCUGAAGAAACUCCGCUCUGCCUCAAAGUGUCGUGAGUGUGACAGUUAUGUGUAUUUCAACGGUGCAGAAUGUGAAGUAUGUGGUCUGACUUGUCACAAGAAGUGUUUGAAGGGCCUCAAAAUACGAUGUGGAAAAUACUCGAAUGGCCAAAGGCGUAUGACAACGUUUGGAGUGGACAUCAAUCGACAUCUCCAACAUUCGACCACUGAUGAGGAAAACAUACCUCACAUUAUCUCAUCAUGUAUUGACGAAAUUGACAAUCGAGGUCUUGAUGUCAAGGGAAUCUACCGAGUGUCUGGAGUCAAGUCCAGAGUGGAGAAACUUUGCCAGUCGUUUGAAAAUGGAGAAUACCAAGCUGAUUUGUCAGAUACACCGCCUCAUGUCAUAGCUGCUGUUCUUAAACUCUACCUGCGACAGCUUCCAGAGUCGCUUUUAACUGUCAAGCUAUAUCCGGAAUUCAUCCGCGUUGCUAAGGAGAGCUUCGCGAUCAUAGACAACUCCACGACAUGCAAGGCAGCUUCGGGAAACGAAGAUAUCCAGGAAGAGUACCAAAACCUUAUUGGAAAACUUCGGGAAGUCGUAAUGCAGCUUCCGACAGCUAACCGAGUGACUGCGGCUCGUUUGAUUAAGCAUCUUAGGAGAGUUUCAGAUCAUGACGAAUCGAAUGCCAUGCCUGCAAGCAAUCUGGCAAUCGUGUUUGGACCCACACUACUGAGACCAAAUGAAAACGACCAAGUAACUACCACGUUGUCUUCUCUUGUGGAUAUGCCUCACCAGACUCGCCUUGUUGAGCUGCUUAUCACAAGUCCCGAGGUAUUUGAACAUCCUGAAGCGGAUGAUUCAAUAUCACGGGAAAGGUCUGUAGAGAAAUUCACUCCUCCCAAACCACGUGACAGAGAAUGCAGUUUGGUUGUAAUACAGAGUAUGCGAUCUGCUGGAAAUAAUGCAGACGAGAGUUAUGAGGCUGGGGAUGAAGCUAGCUUGAUCAACACACCAGACAUAAACAUAUCUCAGCCUCACUCGGACCAUUCUCCUGUUCGACGCAAUUCCAGCUCCCCGGCAGCAAUCAACGCACCACAACUAAAGACCAUAAACAUACCACCAUCACCUUCGCCUUCAACGAGGAGCAGCCUUGGGUUUGGAUCAGAGUUUUUUGAACUUCUUGCGAAGUCCAACAACAGAAGUGAAGAGCCGAAUGAUCGCGCGCAUUACAGCAUCCCAGAGUUCCUGUUGUCAGACUCGCCGCGUGAGAGAGUUGCCAUUGAUCAGGAAGAUUCUGAUAUGGAGGAUGAGUACGAGGAUGAUACUACACAAGGAACAAGUGGAUCUCGUACUCCAGACGACGACCUGCAUUCUUCUCAUUUUGGUGCUGCAAGACGUGUAGGCUCUCCACGGUCAUCCAACGAAAACUUAGCCGACGAUGAUAAAGCCAACUCAACUCGGGAAACAUCGCUCUCGGUGAUUUCUCGGAGUUCUUCGUCUUAUUCCUUCGCUCCGAGCUUCAGUUCAGAUUUCACCGAUUCACUGUUACCCGAUCUCUCCGACAGCGUUGGAUCGGACAAGGCAAAUACCUCGGGGGGCGUCGGGAUAUCCUCAAAUGAAACGAGGAUGUUAAAUGGUCAGUCUGAGUUUCUCAAUCGGUUAUCUUCGGGGAACGUCGGAGUGGAACCUCGUCCACGAACUGUGGGUUUUAUUAAACGAAAUUCCGAUCUUCCAGGUCGGGUUGGAAACAUUGCAGACUACAGCAAGGAAUUCUAUCCAAUCGGAAUGAAACAGUCGUCUAGUGACUCUAACCUUAACAAAGACCCCUAUGCCCUCGAGGAGGAGUUAUCAUUAAGAGCGAUUUCUGAAGUUGCUAGUUCAUCUUCCAACACGCUAACCAGCUCGAAAAGCGAAGAACUUGAAAGAGAUGAUGUCGUCGAAGGAGAUGAUCAUGCUUCUCUUAUCAACCAAUUAAAGACUGUAAUUGAUAUUGACUCCAAAGGGGCGCUCUUACCCGAUGGGGUGGGGGAUAGUUCGGUAAUUAGCUCCGUGGAUAGUACAGUCAGUCCUGUGCAGUCUUCAACUAAAGGGGAAGCAGAGGACAAAGUAGUCGCUUACUCUCCGUCGCCACCGAAAAGCCCUGUUCAGUCUCCCUCCAUCGAGUAUAAAGAUGUUACGUUCACAACCUCAGCUGAUGAGCCUGCUUCCGUUCGCGAGAUUCCAUCGGAGACGGGGUCACGUGAGCUAAUUAUUCCUGUGAUGACAGCUUUGCAGGAAAGAAGGCCUUCAACACCAAACUGUUCCACUGCGGAAGAAUCGUCUGAGUCCCAGUCAUCAGAUAGAGUUGAAACUUCGGUCGAUGUGACGCCUGAAAAGAAAGAAGUCGGUGUAGCUGACAAUAAAAAGCCUGAAAAGAAAGGGACGCCUCGGUCCGCGUACAGCACACGGAUGUCAGUCAAAGAUCGGUUACUGCAGUACGAGCGAAAUCGUUCGGUUAGCGUGGACUCUAAUCGGAAAACUUCUUCGGAGCGAUUUAGUCCGAACACUGUAGCGUCUCGAAAGCAGAUAUUUGAACAAAAAGAGCGAGGAAUAUACAAGCGCGUCAGUGACAUGACAACUAGGAAGCCAAGAAGUGACUCCGGCGGUAGUGGAUCGGGCUCGGCCAGCAGUAGUCCUAAGUUGUCAAGGAAGCGUCCCAUUGACGCCGACGAUGGAGAAAGUUUGGCAAAUGUCGGAAGCCAGGUGAAAAAUAGGUUGGAAAAUGAUAAGCAAGACGAACCACGUCGUCGGAAUAGAAAGGAGAAAUCGGAAAAUACCGACCUUCCUCGAAGUUUGAUUCUCGACAAACUUGAUCGGCAGCGAGGAGGAGAAGUUGACUCUUUGAGACUUGAUUUACACGACGGAGCCACUUUGUCUCCGAGAGAAAUCGACUUUCCCACCGAUAGUUUGGGUGGUGAAGAUAAGAUUAGAUCCGAAAGAACACGAAGAAGCCCGAAUAAUAGUCCGAGGUCGAGUCGGACAAGUGCUCGUUCUUCGUUUCCCGACGACAGUAAGGAAGAGGAUCGAGAGCCCCAGUUUGUGUAAUUUUUCGUUGUUCAAUUGGUAAUUAGCUUAUAUUCUGUCCAGAAGUGAGUGCUCGGGUAAGCUCUGUGAUAAAAAUCACAACCAAGACGAAAUUAACGACGUUUCCCGUCCAUAUCGUGAAGAGUGACUGAAAUAAGACUUUCGUUGGAACAGCAAUCUUAUUGCUAUAUGGUGACAGAAGUUUGAUUCAAACAUUUGAAGAUCUUUUGCUUGAUUGAAAAGAUUUUUAAUAUUCUUUUGAAUUUUUAUGGGAACCUUUUAAAGAAUUUUACCGCGACGGUUAUCAUUUCACCUGUUUUAUUUUACUUGGCAAUGUCCUUGAGCUUGAGGAAACAACCCCACUAUUAAUCUCCUCUCUAUAUCAGUAUGUUGUCAAGCAGAAAGGUGAUAAGAAUUCAGAAUGGUAUUUUUGGACUUAGAACCAAUUUAUUAGAAUUAAAAGUUGGAUAUUGCAAAUAGUAAGGAGGAUUUAUAAUGUGAUCUUUGGAGUUCAUGGGUUGAUAUAUUUUGUCGUUAUACAUGAUCGUCAACCUUCAGAACAUUUGACGUAGAAAUGGGAAAUUCGCGCAACUUUUUUUUUAUAUAAAACAACCUAAACUAGUUGUUAUUGCCUUACUCUUACUGAAAAAUAUCCUCUCAACUGAAUAGUAUAUUUUUGUACCCGUAGGUUAAUCACGAAUGUUUCAUAGUGUUCGAAGCAAAAUUUUCUUUAUGGAGAAUUAGAUUUAUUUUGUGUUAGUAUGUAUAUAGCACUAAUUUCAUAGAUGCCAACAGUGGCUACCUUAGUAAGGAACAACUUUCAACUAUUUUCAUAGCUUGAAGUCGCGACAACUGUUCGUGGUUUUUGGGGAAAAGAAUAAAGGUGGACUUAACCUUCAGAUAUAAA